AUGGGCGUCAUCCUGCGCAAAUCGAGGGCACGGGCUCCUGGCAUCUGUGAUGCUGACAUCAUCUCUACAGUAGAAUUCAACCACACUGGAGAAUUACUAGCAACAGGGGACAAGGGGGGCCGCGUUGUAAUAUUUCAGCGUGAGCAGGAGAGCAAAAACCAGCCCCAUCGCAGAGGAGAGUACAAUGUCUACAGCACCUUCCAGAGCCACGAGCCAGAGUUCGAUUACCUGAAGAGUUUGGAGAUAGAGGAGAAGAUCAAUAAGAUCCGAUGGCUCCCGCAGCAAAACGCAGCCUAUUUCCUGCUCUCCACCAACGAUAAGACUGUGAAGCUAUGGAAGGUGAGCGAGCGGGACAAGAGACCGGAGGGAUACAAUCUCAAGGAUGAGGACGGCCGUCUCCGAGACCCCUCCAUGAUCACCAUGCUACGGGUCCCCGUGCUCCGGCCCAUGGACCUGAUGGUGGAGGCCACCCCCCGGAGGGUGUUUGCCAACGCGCACACCUACCACAUCAACUCCAUCUCCGUCAACAGCGACUACGAGACCUACAUGUCGGCAGACGACCUGAGGAUAAACCUGUGGAACUUUGAAAUCACAAAUCAAAGUUUUAGUAUCCUUUG